GACCGCCUUCGCCACCGAAGCAUUGCAGAUCCUCAGCGUGCCACGACACAGCGGCCUCUUUGGGCCCGUGGCAGGACUCUGGGAUCGCUUUUACAGCUUCCUCUUUGGCGGUGCUACGCGCGCUGGAAAGGAUGGUGCCAGGCCCUUGGUGCUGAAGAUCGAAAAAGACUUGGAAGUUCGAGUGCCCAAUCCCAUCUCAAAGGACACCAACUCCGCCACCAUCACCUCGUACCAAUUUGGCGUCCCAUCCCUGGCGGAUCGUUUGCGCUUCAGCCUGAUCUCGGGGAUCAUCGAUCGCCCGGUCUUCCAAAUUCUCCGAACUGAGCAUCAGCUGGGCUAUGUGGUCUUUGGCUUUGCCACUGCCCAUGUCGACAUUUUGGAGGUGAGGAUUUUGGUGCAAGGCUUCAGGGAAACCCCUGAUGUGGUGGCAACGUUGAUCGAUCAGACUGUGAAGAAUCUGACGCAGAGCUUCCAUCAGAUGAGUCCCAAAGAGUUUGAAGUGCGCAAGGACAGCUUGCGGUGCGACCUGAAGAAACCUGCCGCCAACCUCGGAGAAUUCGCUGGGCAUUUUUGGUCUCAGAUUUGGGAUGAGACCUAUUGCUUUGAUAAGAUGGACAAGGAGUUGAAGUUGCUUGACAACAUCACCCUGCCCUCCCUGGCGAAGGUGUGGGAAGAGACAACCCAGUCCCUCGAGACGCGGAAGAAGAUGACGGUGAAGCUGUUCGGUUCGAAUCCCUCCAGUGGAGAGGUUGCAAUCCCGGUGCAGAAGGAUAACGCGUCAGCGCUGGUUACAGAUCUGGAGCACUUGGACUUCGAUGACACUGAGAAGCUCCUCGUUGGCCUCAUCGCUAUGUCUGUGAGUGACCGAGAAAUUCGGGCUGCCCAUUGCGGGUGGGUUGAAGUUCAGGGCUUUCCCGCAUUGGCACAUCCCCCUAAUAAAUAUGACUUCGCCCGUUUGGGUGGCCCUGAAGUGAAGAGGAUCAACAGCCAGGCUGCGGAAGAUUGGAUGAAGGCACACAGGCCUUGCGACUUGUGGCACGACAAGCAGAAGGCUGCGAAGGUGAAAGAGAUCAAGACCUGUUUGUUGGAUGCGGGAGAGGUCCUUUACCUGCCGUCGCAAUGGCGCCACGGCACCUGCAAUGUCGGGGAGUUCUCCGCAGGAAUUGGCUAUAUUGGUGCCAUUGACCAUCUUCCCAAGGUCACAUGGCUCACCGCCUUAGACGAUCUGUCUGGCCUCAAAGAAGCCUUGAAGGAGAAGGAUGAUGUAAUGGAAGCACUGACCGUGAAGGACCGCGACGGAAAGCAGCCUUUGCAUUGGGCUGCUCACCGAGGGCACCAACGCAUGGUGAGGGAACUGCUAAAGAUGCGCGCUUUAGCGAGUGCCACUGACCGGCACGGUGCCAGGCCGGUUCACUUGGCAGCCUUCGAAGGCCACGAAAAGGCGCUCCGAGAGCUCUUGGAGGUGGAGACCCGCAAAAGCGCCACCGCGCGCACGGAUGGUGGGGCGGAGCCACUGCAUCUGGCCGCCACCAAAGGUCAUAGCUCCGUGGCAAAGCUCCUGUUGCGCAAGAGGGCCUCCCCUUCUGCUCGUGACAACAAGGGGGCAGAGCCUCUGCACAUGGCAGCCUAUGAGGGCCACGUCUCCAUGGUCGAUCUGCUACUGGCCGCCGGCGCGGCGCCGGACGCGGGGGCCGAUGAUGGAACUGAUCCGGCGAAGCUUGCGUGGACGCGAGGGCACAAGGACCUGGCGCACAAGCUGAACGACGCCAUCCCGAAGAAGUCCACAAGCGGUCGCAAAACCUUGGGGCCGCUGCAUGACGAGUUCUAAACGGCAAAA